AUGAAUGACACCCAGGGCCCAGCCUCAGUCCCUGUGGUCACCACCCAGGUGAAGCAGGGAGCCAGAGCCCAUCCGGGAGGGGGCAGCGGGUGUCCCCACUGUCAAGGGCUCCGGGAGCUCCAGGCCUUCCUCAGCCUGCUGGAGCACAGCCUCCUCCGGGAAUUCCUGUCCAAUGACCCCUGUUUCCAGAUUUCUGAUAAGUACCUGCUCGCCAUGGUGCUGGUCUACUUCCGGCGCGCCCAGCUGCGGCUCAGCGAGUACAAUCUCGAGAAUCUGUUCCUGGCACUCUUCCUCGCCAAUGAUAUGGAGGAGGACCUGAGGCAUGCCAAGUGCGUGAUUUUCCCCUGGGCCCUGGGCAAGGACUGGCAGAGUCGGGUGUCGGAUUUUCUGCACCAGAGGGACCGGCUGUGGGCGCGGAUGGACUUCAGGGCUGCUGUGAGCCGCCAGUGCUGUGAGGAGGUCAUUGCCAAAGACCCCUCCCACUGGGCCUGGACUCGCAUGCGGAGACCCCAUCAUGGGGGUGUCCAGCGGGAUGACCUCGAAGCCAGAAUCCCCCUGCCCCGGGGCCCUGGUCUCUCACCCCCACAAUGUGUCUGCUUCCUCCCGCUGUCGCCCCGGCUGCUCCUGGAGCCAGGCGUCUACAUCCGCUACGUGCUCCCCAAGGCCCCGCCGCCCGGACACUGA